GGUAUCUUAACCUCGUCGGAGAUUUGUCCAAGAGAUCAGUGCGAAGUAACCACAUUAUAACGCAGUAAUCUUUUAAAAUGAGAUAAUUUAUUUUGUUAAUCGUUUAUAAUUAAAAACAGUUAUGGAUGUGAAGAUCUUCUUUCUUCUGUUCAUUUUUCAAAUACGUGUUGUUGUAUCUAAAGACUGUUCCUGCUAUGUUGGGUAUGCAAAGCAUACCGGAGAAGUACAUCUACAAUUAGAGGAAUGCCCUCCCCUCCCUACUAUGCCACCAUCGAUAAAAUCAACAAGCGCAGCUCCAACAACUACACAACAGAAGCCAGAUAAUACUACACAGAAACCAGCUACUACUGCACAGAAACCAGCUACUACUGCACAGAAACCAGCUACUACUGCACAGAAACCAGCUACUACUGCACAGAAACCAGCUACUACUGCACAGAAACCAGCUACUACUGGAACUAAUAUUACCACAAGUGAGCCUAUUGUUACCACAGAAACACUAAUCACUACCAGUGAAGUACCACAGAGUUCCACGGAGAAUCAAGAUGUUUCCACUUCUGCUGGGGACAAAACCAAUGCUUCUACACCGAAUUUGCAGAAUCCUGCCAUGACGCAGAGGACAAGAAGAGACAUGCCAGUCCAAAUACAACAUGCAUGUUGUCAGAUUGCAUUCACGAAACAAAAUCAAUCAAAGAAAUUACUGUUUAAUGCCACUGGAUGGACAGUCGAAUUUAACUGUUCCAACAACUCUUUAGAAAAUGUGGUGAGAUGCAAUAAUUCUGGAUGCAAUGACAUCGGAUUUUUUAAGACUCGGUUCAAGUUUGAGAAACAAUUCAAGGUGCCUAACGAAUGCACGAAUGUUACCAAGAGCAAAGGACCAAUAAAAACUGAAGACUUCCUCUUUGAGACUAUUAAUAGCGACUUGAUUGAAUCAUGCAAUAACCAAAGCAGAAAUAAAUGUUCAAAGUUGAACCUUACCCAAGCUACCUGCCCAUCACAGUCUGACUUCUGUUGUUGUCCACUGCCAGAUGGCCUCUGCAGUAAGACUCCGCCUCCUAUAUCCACAACACUCCCGGCUUCUCCUCGUCCAAGCAAGAAACAUGGGGCUGUAGGUACUCAUCAUCACAAGUCUUUCGAUUGGAGGAUUGUUGGCUACAUUGGCAUAUUUGUUAUCUGUGGUUUAUUUUUGACAUUUGUUGGGAGGAUGAUCCAUGGGAAGAAAAAGAAUGACCAACUAGAAAUUCCCAACUACAAGUACAGUCGUCUGCGAGCUGAUUACGUGGAUCAAGAACCUUAAAAGAUAUCUACAGUCAAAGUCAUCCGGAAAUAGCCUGUCUUAAAGAAAGGUCAUGAUGUCUCUAAAGGUGAAUUUAGGGUAACAAUCACUACUGAUAUUUAGUGCCAAAGAAGGGUACAGACAUAUAUUUUUGUUUUAGCCUUUCUACAGGUAUAUCAAAAAAUUUCCCUUAUGAGCUGUUUCUGCAAAUAUAUCGAGCAAAUUUUUCUAUUUUAACAUUUUGUGUAAACUUUUGCUGGUCUAAUGCACACAAACGCAUACAGUUUAUUUAUGCUAAAGUGGAAUUUGUUGAGCAUGUGCACUAAAAUUAGCUAUUUGGUGUAAUAUAUGCUACAUUGGCAGGGUAUUAGAAAUAUAUAAUACAUUAUUUUGCUUUAUUAAAUGUUGAACAAAAUCACAUUCACAGGAAUCCCAAGUUUCGCACAACUCGCGCGAGUCUCCCUGAGUCUCCCGCAAGCAAGCAUGAAUCUCCCGGAAAAUAACCCAUCUCCUGUAAAUUCAUAAUAUUUGCUUGUUUUCAUGUUUUAUCUUUUAUCAUUAGCUGUUCCCUCCAAUUGCAGACUCCCUCUAUUUAGAGACCAAAGACCAUGGUUUUGGCAGAUCCAAAUGAAAAUCUUCCCUCCAAUUAAAGACCACUAUAAAAUACAUAAUGAUGUUAAUGCAAUUUUGUUAUAUAUGAUUUACACAUAAAAAUAUUACACGAUGGACAUAAUAAAAUGUUUUGUGUAUAUAGUGUUUUUUGUAUAUUAAAUGACAAUAAUGGUGAUGAUGUUAGUAAUUACUGUAAUAUUUUAAUGGAGUUGGGUAAAACGAGUACAGGACUUCAUCUCUGGCUACCAUGAAAUGUUUUAUUAAGAAUAUCCCUGAGAAUAAGUAAGCUCAUGUAAAUCUAUUUUAAAUUAUUUAAUGUAUUAUUUCCUAAUUUCACUCUAAAUAGAGAAAUCUAAAGACCGGAUUUAAUGCCCAUGGUUUCCAAGUCUCCUGCAGGGUACUGGAAAUUAGGCAGGAAGGCCUCCUGCGCUUCCGCUAAGAAUCUUCUGGAAAAAUAAACCAUCUUCCGCAAAUUCACAGUAUUUGCAUGUUUUUACAAGUAUUUACUACUGUAUUAUCAAUUGUCUCAGCAUGUGCAGCAACUGUGUACAUGUAUUAAAAAAACUCAUUUAAACCGAUCUCCCAGAUGUGUAUUCUUCCUACUACUAUUAUUACUUUAAAUUAUUCUGUACAUUUCAAAUUUUCCUUAAAAUCGCAAUAAAGUUACUUUGAAUCUUGUGACCCCUGCUUUCAGGUCGUGUAAAACCCAACACUUUGCAAGUUAGCAACGUUUUCACUGCAGUUGUAUUUAGUGUAUGCACAGAUUUGGGGUCAAGUCUAAUCUAAUUAUAGUUUACCAUAGAGUACAACGCUCUUGUCGUCACAACACCAGGUGGCGCCCCUUUGUUGCCAACCAGACAAGCGGUCAUUACGCCUAAAUGACCUCAUAACCUUAAUGGUUUAGAAUAGGUUUUCUGGAAUAGGCAUUUUAAAACCUAAUAAUUUACCAUCAAAAUGUACUAAAAACACAAAAGCUCACAUUAUAUAGUUAUUGAACACAUAUUUAAUCAUCAAUUAAAAUUUACAAAAAAAAUUAAGGUACAUCUUAUUAAUUGCGUUAGAAAUUCGGAUCAAUGGUUUGUCAGUGGGGACAUUUUGUGUCGCUGAUAGCAACUGAAUAGUAUCACAUGUUAUCAUGACGUAACAGUGUAGUACUCUAUAUUAAAGAUGCUAAAUCAUGGAUUGUAUAGCAUUCAUGAUGAAGUUUUAUGUAGAGUAUAGUGCCUUACCCUUCAAACUGUAUUAUUUGUAUAAUUUCAGUACAGUACAUGACACUGUACAAUUUGGAUUGAAUAACACAUGUUUUCCAAUAUUAGAGAAGCUACAUCCGGGGAUAUGGUUUAACAAACGUUCUUACACAUGUUAUUGUAUUUUGCUGCUUUUGACCAUUAACCCAUGGCCAGCUACUGUAGCUUGAGGGAGAAAAUUAAUAGUAGAAUAGUAAAACAUGCAAAUAUUUUGAAAUUUUGUGAGAUGUGUUAGUUUCAGGGAAAUGUUUGCUUGCGAGAUUUUUGUUUGCUUGCGAGAUUUUUGCUUGCUUGCGAGAAUGCAUAAGAGCAUGCUGAUUUUAGGUAAGCUCCCACAACUUAUGGGUGGUUUGAGACCCCCAGUAGAAUAUUACACUUGUCAAUUAUGUUUUAUGUGGUAGUAAAAACAUAUAAAAUGUGGAUACAGUAUUAAAGUCAGAAUUUAAUUUUGUUUGACCUUUCAACAUGGCUUGAUAUUUGAUCCUAGCACCUGUUUUCUCAUAUUUUUAUAUUUCUUAUUGUGCUUUUAUUUGUUUUUUAAUUUAGUGCUUGUAUUUGUUUUUCAAGGUUCUUCAUAGAAUGUGUAUAGUAUAUUUGCAUCAAGAUAAAGAGUCUGCAAUGGGAAGGUGCUUCUAAUAUUGAAGGCAAUAUAAAUGUUGUGAACAUUCCAUGCAUGUUUCUUAUAAAAUUUAUUUACUUUUUUAACCCAAACCAUCAGAUGUUAGAUGUAAAAGUGACAUUAAAUACUGUUUAUGUUGUGUACUGGGUUUCAUUCAGUGAUAUUUCAUAAUUAUUUAAUAUUAAUUAUUAAAUUAAUUUUAUAUAUCAUCUCAUUCAUUAUAGUAAUUAUAAUAAAAUUUAUAUAACACCUUAUACAGUACAAACAUUCCACAUAUUAUACCCAUAUGAUCACUUCCUGUAAAUAGAUCAUUCCAAUGCAUAUAUCAUGUUCAAGGAGAAUUGCCCAUCAUCAAUACAGGGCUACCAGGAGAACUUAGGCCCAGCCAGUCACAAUAUAUCUAGCAUGGUGGUUUUAUAGAUAUUGUAGGUAUGUUUUAUUUAAUAUAUUCCCACUUCUAGGCGCUGUGGAUUAUUUAAUUGAAUUGAAUUGAAUUUGAUUUUUUUUUAGAUACAAAAAUCCUUGAUCGUUAGACCUUGAUCUGUCUAAUACCUAUGUGUUAAAUUAUCCAUAUAAUAUCAGAACUGAAACUGAAAAUAAUUAAUAAUUUUUUACUACCUGAGAUGUAAGAAACAAAGGAAACAAAACUGGAAAAUAUUGUGACCUUUUUCAUUGAAUAUCCAGGAUUGUAAUCUGACCCUGGAGAUGAUCGGACAAGGAAUCAUCUCAAGCCCAGAAUGGGCGCUUUGUUCAGAUAUUGAUUUAUUUUUUUUUACAUGCUUAUAAAAUUGCGUAUGUAUUUUAUUUGUAUUUGUAUUGGACUGAAAGCCUUACUUUCUGCAAGUUUUUUUGUAGUAGUACUGUAUCAUGAUUGUUUUAUGUAUAAUUUUAUGACAAUGUGGAGAAGUUAAUUGAUUGAUUUGUAUUGAACAAAUGCUGUACACUAAAAUGUAGCUUUUACAUUCCUUAGGUUAUUUGAACUUGAAGUUUAUGAUGAAUAUUAAAUAAAUAGAAUAGUUUAUUGUAUCUCCUGUAUGCAGAUGUUCCAACCACCUAUUACUUUUCUCUCAUGCAUGUAUUAGCAGCGGCCUAUCUAGAAGUCUUGUAAUGGGGGGGGGGCUGAUAGUGGGGCGCGAAGGCGGAGUGGAGGGGGCUCGAUGAUUAGUUGAGGGGCCCUAAUUCGCAAAAUAUGGUGAUUUUAAGGUGAUUUUAACUACUUGACCAUGAUUUUGGGAGGUGGGGGCAACUGGGGAAUGCGAGUAAUUAUUUUGGGGGGGUGCGCACACCUGCGCCCUCCCCUAGACACGCCACUGUGUAUUAAUCUUCUGGAGUGUCGGAAUACCAAGUACACACUGCUCAGACUGUUGUUGGCCAUGGGGAAUGCAAUGCAACUGAUCGUUUUUAAUUACAAUCCACUCUGACUGUUGUCAAAAAUAAACAAGCAGUGUCGCAUUGUCAAGUGAAUAAAGAAAGUGGAGAUGGAGGAUUCGUCGAUCAACAGCCCUCACAGAGAAAGUUGGUACAGAAAUGAAAAAUUAUGCAUACUCAAGAAGCAACUAAUACCCUUUUUUUAAUUUUUCUUUAUUAAUUUGAAAGAUUUGACAAAUUAUGGAAAUUUUGGAGAUUCCCCCAAGUUGAAUGGAACAUCUGUGUAUAAAGGUACAUUUAAUUGCUGAGAAAUCAAAUUUUGCUUUACAUGUUACUUGUUUCAAAAACAUGGUUAAUGUUUUGUUUACUGUUUUAUAUGUUUGUAUGAUGAUUUAGUGUUCAGCUGCACUGUAUAUGGUGUUGGGUUAUUUUUCCUUAUAAAAAAUAGAAUUUCUUAAGCUUUCAAGUUUUCUCCCAAAACUAGAUAAAAAAAAUUUGUCUAGCCAUUGAUUGUGAAAUUGCUCAGCAUUACAUUCAAGUUCAGCUUGGUGAUUAAAUGUUUCUGAAUAACUGUACAAUAAGAUCUAAUGUACCUAUUUAACCAAUUGUAAACCGUAAAACCUUGAACAGAGCCCUGGGCUUCUCUUUUUUUUGUAACUUCGGGAUGGGCUGCUUCUUUUCGAAAUGGACUUCCUUUUUUUCUAGUCUAUUUUUGCGAACUAAAGAGGGCGCUUCAAUUCAAGAUGGGCUUCUCAAGAUUAAGCACAUUGAGCUUCUAUUCAAGGUUUACGGCAUUGUUCUGAAAUACAGUAUUUAUUAGUGUAUUAUUUAGGGGAAAGAGAACUCCAUUUUUGUGCUGUACCGGUAUGUUAGUGUUCGGAAUGAGCAAGGGUAUGUGCAGUUGAGCAUAUAUAUUUUACUUUCAUAAAACAAGAAAUUAGACAAUUAAGAUGCAUUUUUGCCAAAUAUUAAUUUACUCAGAUUUAUUAUUAGUAUAUAUAUAUAUAUAUUUUUUUUUUGGUUUGUUUUAAAUGGAAAAUAAAUAUUUGAAAUUUUGGAAGCAAA